UUCAAAAAAAAAAAAAGGGUGACUGCGCGUGCUCGCCAGGUUUUACACUCAGUUCAGUGAGAAUUGGGUAUUUGUUGAGGUUUUUUUUCUUCCUCAACGUGAUAAAUAAUUAUGGGUUAUUUUGGAUAUAUUUAAACAAACCGACGUGUAGAAACUUUUGCUUAUUUGGACAAGCAACACUAUAAAUGUUUGUUGCCAUGGCAGUUUACGCAGUUAUCGCGAGAACAUACAUGAACUUGUGAGGAGAUUUUUUUUAAUCUCGCGAGACAAACGCCUGAUCUCGCGAUACAAACUGGCGAAGUAAAAGACAGGGAGAAGCUUGAUAGCUUAGCAGUAAGAAAACAAGAGUCUGUCCACUGGAGCUGGAUUUGUCUCGACAGGAAAGUACAGAAUGAGAUUCAAAACAUCUCUGCUGAAGGAGCCAAAGCAUAAAGAACUGGUCAGUUGUGUGGGCUGGAUCACAGCUGAUGAAGUCUAUUCCUGUAGUGAAGACCAUCAGAUUUUAAAAUGGAACCUGCUCACGAGCGAGACCAGUGUGGUGGUGAAGCUCCAGGAGGACAUCUACCCUGUUGACAUGCACUGGUUUCCCAAGACUAUAGCUGGGAAGAAGCAAGCUUUGGCAGAAAUCUUCGCCCUCACCAGUACUGAUGGUAAGUUCCACUUGAUGUCUAAGACGGGACGCAUUGAAAAGAGCGUAGAGGCCCAUCGAGGAGCCGUGCUGGCAAGUCGCUGGAACUAUGAUGGAACUGCUCUCAUCACUGCUGGUGAGGACGGCCAAAUCAAGAUCUGGUCUAAAAGCGGGAUGCUGAGGUCCACUUUGGCCCAACAAGGAUGUCCUGUGUACUCCGUGGCUUGGGGUCCAGACUCUGACAGGAUACUUUACACGUUCGGCCGGCAGCUCAUCAUCAAACCUCUGCAGCCGAGCUCCAAAUCUUUGCAGUGGAAAGCUCACGAUGGCAUUAUUCUAAAGGUGGACUGGAAUUCCGUGAAUGAUCUGAUCCUGUCUGGAGGUGAAGACUGUAAAUAUAAGGUGUGGGACAGUUACGGGCGGCCUCUCUACUCGUCCUCCCCCCACGACUACCCUAUCACCUCUGUGGCUUGGGCUCCUGACGGCGAGGUGUUCGCUAUGGGCUCCUUCAACACCCUCCGACUGUGCGACAAGACUGGGUGGUCAUAUGCUCUGGAGAAGCCGAACACAGGCAGCGUGUUCAGCCUGGCCUGGUCUGCUGAUGGCACUCAGUUAGCAGGAGCAUGCGGGAAUGGCCAGGUCAUCUUUGCUCACAUCGUGGAGCAGCGAUGGGAGUGGAAGAACUUUGAGAUCACGCUGACUAAAAGACACACCAUGCAGGUGAGGAACGUGCUGAAUGAUGCAGUGGACACUUUGGAGUUCAGGGAUCGAGUUAUCAAAGCGUCACUAUCUCAUAGUCACCUGGUUGUGGCCACGGCUCUGCAGUGUUUAGUCUACAACACUAAAAACUGGAACACGCCACUGAUAUUUGACUUGAAGGAAGGCACUGUCAGCAUGAUCCUCCAGGCUGAGAGGCAUUUCCUAUUGGUGGAUGGUGGAGGCAUCUACGUGUACUCGUACGAAGGUCGUCUGGUCUGCGCUCCCAAGUUUCCAGGCAUGAGGACAGAUAUUCUGAACGCGCAGACCGUCUCACUGAGCAACGAUACCAUCGCUGUACGUGACAAGGCCGACGAGAAAGUCGUCCAUUUGUUUGACGCUCAAACAGGAAAGCCCAUCGGUGAUGGCAAGCCUUUAACCCACAAGAUGGAGGUAAUGGAAAUUGCCCUUGACCAGUGUGGAGCCUCCAACGACAGGAAGAUCGCUUUGAUUGACAAGAACAACGACCUUUAUCUGACCUCUGCGCGCAGGCUGGGCAGAGAGCAGAGAAUGCACAAGAUUGGCUCUAUGGUUCACACCAUGGUCUGGAAUGACUCAGCCAACAUCUUGUGUGGAAUCCAAGACAACCAGUUCACUGUAUGGUACUACCCCAGUGCUGUGUUUGUAGACAAGGACCUGCUACCCAACACACUCUUCACCAAGGAUGCCAGUGAAUUCAGCAGCGCUCCACACAUCCUGAACUACACGGGUACGCAGGUGACAGUGAGGCGAGCUGAUGGCUCGUUGGUAUACGGCGGCGUGCCACCCUACCCCACCAUGCUGCACGAGUACACAGGCUCCGCUCGCUGGGAGGAGGCCCUGCAUCUGUGCCGCUUCGCCAAGGAUCAGGCCCUGUGGGCGUGUCUGGCUGGCAUGGCCAUGGCGAACAGAGAGCUUAACACGGCUGAGACAGCAUACGCGGCCAUCAGAGAGGUGGAUAAAGUGCAGUAUAUAAAAUUUAUAAAGGAUUUGCCCUCUAAGGAAUCCUCCCUGGCUCAUAUACUACUCUUUAGUGGACAAGUACAAGAAGCUGAAGCUACAUUACUACAAGCAGGCCUCAUAUACCAGGCCAUACAGAUCCACAUUGACCUCUUCAACUGGGACAGAGCUCUGGAACUGGCAGUGAAGCACAAAACCCAUGUGGACACCGUCCUUGCUCACAGACAGAAGUUCCUGCAAGACUUUGGCAAAGAAGAAACCAACAAGCGUUUCCUGCAGUACUCUGAAGGGGUGGAAGUGGAUUGGGAGAAGAUCCAGUCCAAGAUUGAGAUGGAGCUAGCCAAAGAGAGAGAGCGAGCAGCCAGCUCUUCUGUCAGGAGCAGCAUGGCCUCUCACCGCUGAAAAACAGACAUUACCCAGCAACCAUUGUUCUCACUGCUGACCUGAGGGUCACGGAGAGACCUGGAGCCAAUCCCAGGGAGCGUCGGGCACAAGGCGGGGUACACCCUGGACAGGGUGCCAGUCCAUCGCAGGGCACAAUCACAUACACACUCACACCCAUUCAUACACUACGGACACUUUAGACACGCCAAUCAGCCUACCGUGCAUGUCUUUGGACUGGGGGAGGAAACCGGAGUACCCGGAGGAAACCCCCGCAGCACGGGGAGAACAUGCAAACUCCGCACACACAUGGCCCCGGCGGGAAUCAAACCCUGGAGGUGUGAGGCGAACGUGCUAACCACUAAGCCACCGUGUGCCCAGUGUUACAAAUGUGUACGAUUAAUAUCCUCCUCUAACAGUUUGUAAUGUAGCACAUAGACAGUCAUUCUGUAGCUGUAGUGUUCUAUCCUCACGUCGCUCAUAAAAGAUUUUACUGUAGUGCAGCAGGCUUUACUUUUUCUGUUUGGCUGGUCACUCUGGCCAGAGUGGAAAACUAAUAGCCAGGCUCCUGAGCGGUGCAGAAGGAUGCCGGAGAUCCUGACGAUACCACAGCCAUCUACUACAGGCCGGGAGUCCGAGAGAGCAAAACUGACCGUGCGCUCGGGGCUGGACGUGUGUCGUACUCUCUCUUCCCUUUCAAUCAGAGUGACACUAGCCAGUCGUUGGCACCUGUGAGAUCACGUAUGCGGAAGAGGGCUGAUAGCUCUUUCCACCAAGUACGCUACACUGCAUUGUGAAUCUUCGUUUCUGGGGGCUUUACAUGUCUACCAGGAAGUGUGUGUUAGCUUUCACUCUCCCUGAUUGGUAGUUGGUAGUAGUAUGAUAAGAGAGAGCAGGCUGGUGGGAGGGAAUUGACCAAGACUAUAUUAGAGAGAAAAUGUACGGAAAAUGCACACACUACUGAUUUUUCCACCCCUGAAUAUAAUGCUAUAAUAUAACGAUUUUUUGGGGACGGAUAUUUUCCAGGUCUUUCAGAGCGAUCCAGGACUGCUUUGAACUACAUCAACUCUACUCUCAAACUCAGACACUUUGUCUAGGUUUUUGUUCUCUUUUCCGGGCCACAAGCUUUCAGGAUCUUAAAGGUUGCAAUCUGAUUGAGGCUCUGCACUUCCAGGUGCCAGUAUCUACCAGUGUCAACCUUUUAAGUCUGUGAUAAAAGAAGCUUUUCAGAGCAUGAAAAGAAGCUUUUCAUCUAGUCAGUAGUCUUAAAAAAAAAAAAAAAAAAAAACAUUCACGACAUUAGAGGUUAUUUGAGAGUUUUGCUUGAAGCAAAAUGAGAUAUCCUUGUGAGAUUUUUGUGCUUGGACAUUUUCAAUGUCAGUCAAAUGGGCUUUUUCUGGAAAGUACCAACUGGUCCGGACUACGUGACAAACCAGAUAAACACUAAACAUGAGUACAAUAAGGUACAUUUUACAAAUGCAGAUUUUAGCAGCUGCGUUUUACAGUCCGUAGAAUAGCCGUUAGUUUUGUUUGCUCAUUUUUUUUUCUUUCUUUCCUUUAUCUCUCAUGAAUUUUCAAUUAAUUUAUCUCUCUUGACUGUCAUGGUUCAUAAAACAGCACUUUGAUUUACAUCCUUGGCUCCUUCCAUCGGUUUCUCUCAUCUCCCUUUUUAAUCUCCACCCAUGUUCCAGUCAAUUGUUUCUUUUCUUUUUUCCUGUCCAUAACCGUUUGCUUCGUGCAUUCUAUAUGAAGAGGUCUCUGCAUUGACAUGUACUUAACCGAUCUGUGACGUAUCGUAAAACUAAUGGCUUCCAUCGGGUUCGUCAUUUUAAGUGAGUUACAGCCAAGCAUUUGCGGUCUGUCUUGUACUCCAGACUCGCUGUCAUCAAGCUCUAUUGCUUCCUUGCCAAUCGUUAGGUAUUAAUCUCUGAUUGUCUUUCAAGGGACAGUGGAGUGCUUAGAUUUUAAGACGUGAUGGAUUCCAGGCAUGUUAAAUAGAGACAUCUGAGAAACAGCAAACAUAUUUUUUUCCCCUGAAUAAUUAUUUUCCUGUCACUUUUAUUACGUAUCAAUUUAGCAGUUAAAAAAAAAAAAAAAAAAGAAGUCGUCGUCGGUGAAAACGACACAGAUUAUAUAGAGAAGAUAACUCCAAGAAUAGACAUGCUUUGAAAGAAAAUGACUACGUUCUGCGUACAUCGUUAAUCUGGACUCGUGCAGAAAAUGGGGUCGCAUAAACGGAAACAUUCUCCAAAGUGAGCUUAAGGUCAUAAGGAUGUUUAUUCCUGUCUCUUAGUUUGUUUUGUUUACAUUUCCUAUUCGUAGCUAUCGUGUUUGUAGCUAUUCCGAGAGUUCUGUGUAAUUCUGUGCAGUCGUCCUAUCUGUGGCUUUUUGAGGAGCAUUGUAGCAGCACUGACAUUAGCUAGAACUUUAUCGUUGGCCAUCUUUGGUCGCAAAUCACGUCACGUUGGUGAGUACAUCACGUUAUGACCGCCGAUCUUAACUACACAACCAAAGAAUUCUUUUACUGUUAUGAGAUUUCUGUCCAUGACAGCAAACUCCUGGUGAUAAUUAUACAUCAUUAUAGAAACUGCUAGUCUUCAUCACCACAUCUGGAUUUAAAAAAAAAUAUAUAUAUCUACUUAUUUCUAGUAACAUUAAAAACUCCUUCCUUCUGUAGAUGAAUGCUUUUACAGUAAAUCCCCUAAAUCCAAAUCCAGAUGUUGAGAUUUUUUUUUUUCUCAUCUGGUCUGAAUCAUGUGUAAAUUGUCCAGUGUUGAUCUACGUAAUUUAGAUGUAUAUCAGUAAAAAAAAAAAACGAAAAAAAACAACAGACUUACUGUGAAUACAGAGAGAUCAGCUCCUGAAAGUAUAAACAACAUGAAAACAGCACUGCUUAUGCCAAAGUUAAAUAUUUAGCACGUGAUCAUUCUAAUACUGUCAUGGCCUCCCUGGGGUAGUUCCAUCUUGAAACACUAGGGGGCACCCAUGUUACCCGUGUAGAACUUCUUCCUCUGUUGUCUCCCUCCAUUUUCUGUGUAACUGUACUCAUGUGUUUCUUAUUUCCCUGAUUGGUUAGUGCUAAAGUUCCCUGUGUUUCUUCCUUAGUUGCUGGAGCAGUAACUCAUGUCAGGUUAUGUUUGAGUUUCUGGUGUUCUUAUCUUUGUGUUAUUUGCACUAUAUUUUUGGUCAUUUAGCAUUUUUCUUAGUGUUUACUUCCUAGUUUAUUAAAUUCUGAUAAUCCUGGUUCCUAUUGUGUCUACAGAAUCUAUUGUGUUUGUCCCUUUAGUCUGUUUCUUUGAGCCUGUUCACUGUGUUGUCUUCAAUAAAGAAGUUCUGCACGUGCAUCCGCCUCCACGGACUCUCCAAGGUCCAGCCAAUUUUCUAACAGUGCAUGUUUUCAUUAUGUGGUUUAUGUGUCUUAGCAGCAACAUUU